AUGACUGCUUCAAAUUUCUUGACACUCCCACAUUUAUUGGCGCAGUAUUCCUCGAGUGCUUCCCUAAAUAAAGUGUUCUACACUACUAGCACGAAGAAUAGUCAUUCAUCCUUCGAAGGGCUAGAAUCUGCAGUGACAGAUGCUACUCACCUGUUGAAUAAUCAGGAUCCAUUGAAUAGCAUUAAGGAUCAACUUUCCAGUGACACUUUAACUACAAUCUUUACAGACGAAAUCACCUUGGUUAAAUCCAUUCACCAUUUAUAUUCUCUUCCUAAUGAACUUCCAUUGGUGAUUGUAGUGGAUUUGAAUUUGCAAGAUUAUUCCGUGAUUCCUGCAUUGAAAGAUCUUUCUUUCCCCAUUUUAAUAUCUUCUGAUUUGCAAACUGCGGUUUCAAAUACAGCCUCUUCUUACAGGAUUGCUACAAGUACUCUUACUCCGGUUUUCCAUUUCAUUAACUUGGAAAAAAUUGGUACCAGUACUGCUAUCGAACAAGACAUCGACGUUCCAACCUUGGAGGUUGCUAACGAAAGAACUGAAGAAGCGUCGUUAGAUGAUACUGUUCUAUUGACAAAUUUCGAAUUAGUGAAAGGCAAAGAUUCACCUAACACUGUUAUCGUUAACUUGUCACCAUAUGACGCAGAAUUUAGCAACGUAUUGCCUUCAAAUGCAGCUUUGAUCAAAAUUAAAGCAUACAGACCAUGGAAUUUUUCCAAGUUCUUGGAAAUAUUGCCAUCUACUGUUACCAAAAUCGCUAUUUUACAGGGUGUCUCUAAAAAAUCACAAUCAAACGAAUUUCAACCAUUCCUUCUAGACUUCUUCAGUAAUUUUAAUGAAUUGGUGUCCAAGAAUAUAGACCAGGUAGUACUAAGUAGUGUUGGUAUUGUAGAUGAUUAUCAAAAUGUUAUUAACACAGCAGUAUCCAACAUUAACAAGAAGGAACCUGAUACUAACCUAUUUUUGGGCAAACCCAAUGAAAAGACUGACGAACAAGCUGAAAUUACUGAGCUAAUUUCUUCUGUUAACAAAGUUUUGAACCUAGAGGAUGCCUACAUCAAAGUGCUAAAGCAAUUAUUCUCUUCAAAUUUGCAGAUCUUGAAUCAAUUUUCUAGUGAAACAAUUGAGCCAAAAAAUCCGGAAUUUGGUUUUGGACGCUUUUUGAAACAAGAAAGUCAACGUGAGGAACUGAUCGAACUAGCAAAGUCUUCUCUUGAUCCAAGCCUGUACCUUUCUGAAGACGCAAACAAAAUCGUUCAGUUAUUAUCUAAAUGGUUGUCAUUUCAUGGGGUUGAUCUUGAUGAAGCUCAAUUGCAAGAAGCCAAUUCCACAGGUUUGGAAAUAUUUGAAUUAUUAGAGUCCAACCAAAAUUCCAGUACUGCCUUAAAAUUCUUAAAGAUUGCUCCGACAAGCGAUUCUUUUAUCUUCAAAUCGAGCUGGCUGAUCGGUUCAGAUGCCUGGUCUUAUGAUUUAGGUCAUUCAGGUAUCCAACAGGUUUUAUCCUCUCGUAAAAACAUUAAUGUGCUGUUGAUCGAUUCAGAACCGUAUGACCAUAGAAAGCAAAACCAAGAUAGAAAGAAAGAUGUUGGUUUAUAUGCCAUGAAUUAUUACAACGCAUAUGUUGCAUCCGUCGCCGUCUAUGCUUCAUACACCCAAUUAUUGACAGCAAUUAUAGAGGCCUCCAAAUAUAAUGGACCUUCUAUUGUCUUGGCCUAUUUGCCAUACAAUUCAGAAACUGAUACUCCACUAGAAGUUUUGAAAGAGACCAAAAUCGCUGUUGAAUCUGGUUACUGGCCAUUGUAUAGGUUUAACCCAGUUUAUGAUGAUCCUUCUACGGAUAGGGAGGCAUUUAGUUUGGAUUCUUCAGUUAUUAGAAAGCAAUUACAAGAUUUCUUAGAUCGUGAAAAUAAGCUAACUCUAUUAACCAGAAAGGAUCCCUCUUUAUCAAAUAAUCUGAAGCAAUCCGCUGGUGAUGCAUUAACAAGAAAACAGGAAAAGAGAAGUAAGGCUGCAUUUGAUCAGCUUUUAGAGGGUUUAUCAGGACCGCCAUUACACAUCUAUUACGCUUCAGAUGGUGGCAAUGCUGCAAACUUAGCAAAGAGACUGGGCGCAAGAGCCUCCGCAAGAGGUUUGAAAGCUACCGUGCUAUCCAUGGAUGAUAUCAUUUUAGAAGAGCUACCUGGCGAGGAGAACGUGGUUUUCGUCACUUCCACUGCCGGACAAGGUGAAUUUCCACAGGACGGUAAAUCUUUCUGGGAAGCUCUUAAGAAUGACGCCGCCUUAGAUUUAGCUACUUUGAACGUUGCUGUUUUCGGUUUGGGUGAUUCUGAGUAUUGGCCACGUAAAGAAGACAAACACUAUUUUAACAAACCUUCGCAAGAUUUGUAUAAGCGCUUAGAACUACUUAGUGCCAAGGCCUUGGUUCCUUUAGGUUUGGGUGAUGAUCAGGAUGCCGAUGGUUUCCAAACUGUUUAUUCUGAAUGGGAACCUAAGCUAUGGGAAGCUCUUGGCGUUUCUGGUGCUGCUGUCGAAGCUGAGCCAGAACCGGUUACCAACGAAGAUAUCAAGAGAGAUUCUAAUUUCUUGAGGGGCACCAUCAGUGAGAAUUUAAAAGAUACAUCAUCAGGCGGUGUUACACAUGCUAAUGAACAAUUAAUGAAAUUCCACGGUAUUUAUACCCAAGACGAUCGUGAUAUACGAGAGAUACGUAAAUCGCAGGGUUUAGAACCAUACUACAUGUUCAUGGCAAGAGCCCGUCUGCCUGGUGGUAAGACCACCCCACAACAGUGGCUUGCUCUAGAUCAUUUAUCUGAUACUUCUGGUAAUGGUACUUUGAAAUUGACCACAAGAGCAACCUUCCAAAUUCAUGGUGUUUUAAAGAAGAACUUGAAACAUACUUUGAGAGGGAUGAAUGCAGUUCUUAUGGACACUUUAGCCGCUGCAGGUGAUGUGAACAGAAAUGUUAUGGUCUCGGCCUUACCAACCAACGCCAAGGUUCACAAACAAAUUGCCGACAUGGGAAGAAUAAUUUCUGAACAUUUCUUACCAAAGACCACUGCAUAUCAUGAAGUUUGGUUAGAAGGCCCAGAAGAGCAAGACGAUAACCCAUCAUGGCCAUCUAUCUUUGAAAAUAGAAAGGAUGGUCCAAGGAAGAAGAAGACCUUAGUCAGCGGUAAUGCUUUAGUUGACAUUGAACCAAUCUACGGUCCAACUUACUUGCCAAGGAAGUUCAAGUUUAAUAUUGCAGUUCCUCCAUAUAACGAUGUUGAUGUCUUGUCUAUUGAUGUAGGUUUGGUUGCGAUAGUUGACCCAGAAACUCAAAUUGUAGAGGGUUAUAAUGUUUUCGUUGGCGGUGGUAUGGGUACCACACAUAACAAUAAGAAGACCUAUCCAAGGUUAGCAUCGUGUUUAGGUUUUGUCAAAACUGAAGAAAUCAUUCCACCAUUGGAAGGUGUUGUUAUUGUACAAAGAGAUCAUGGUGAUCGUAAAGACCGUAAACAUGCUCGUUUAAAGUACACUGUAGACGAUAUGGGUGUGGAAGGUUUCAAGCAAAAAGUGGAAGAAUACUGGGGUAAGAAAUUUGAACCUGAAAGACCGUUCGAGUUUAAAUCCAAUAUCGACUACUUUGGAUGGAUUAAAGAUGAAACUGGAUUGAAUCACUUCACAGCAUUUAUCGAGAAUGGUAGAGUUGAAGAUACACCAGAUUUACCCCAGAAGACAGGUAUUAAAAAAGUUGCUGAAUAUAUGCUUAAGACUAAUUCCGGUCAUUUCAGAUUGACUGGUAACCAACAUUUGGUUGUCUCUAAUAUUACGGAUGAACAUAUCGGUGAAAUCAAAUCUAUUUUGAAGGCUUACAAGUUGGAUAACACUGACUUUAGUGGCUUAAGAUUAUCUUCGUCUUCAUGUGUUGGUUUGCCAACAUGUGGUUUAGCAUUUGCUGAAUCUGAACGUUUCCUACCUGGUAUCAUUACUCAAUUGGAAGACUGUUUAGAAGAAUAUGGUCUACGCCACGAUUCUAUUAUUAUGAGAAUGACUGGUUGCCCCAACGGUUGUGCUCGUCCAUGGCUAGGUGAAUUGGCUCUUAUUGGUAAGGCUCCACACACUUACAACUUAAUGCUUGGUGGUGGUUACCUUGGCCAAAGACUGAACAAGUUAUAUAAGGCCAAUUUAAAGGAUGAAGAAAUUGUUGAUUUCAUCAAACCACUAUUUAAAAGGUACGCUUUGGAAAGAAAUGAAGAUGAACACUUUGGUGACUUCUGCAUAAGAGCAGGCAUCAUCAAACCAACUACGGAAGGUAAGUACUUCCAUGAAGAUGUCUCUGAAGAUGCCUUUUAA